AUGUCAAUGGUUUGGUCUGCACUUAAAGAGGCCCGGGCCAACAAAUCACACCUUGCAAAUAUAUGGCUGGAUAUUGCAAAUGCAUAUCCUUCAAUUCCACACAAGCUUAUAUUUUUUGCACUGGAAAGGUAUGGAGUCCCUCAGAGUUGGAUAUCAUUCAUUAAGUCAUACUACGUUGGUUUAUAUAGCAAAUCGUUUUCUUUGUCUGCACCAAGCAACUGGCACAAGCAUAUGCGAGGUAUUUUUGCAGGUUGCACUCUUUCCAUCAUUUUGUUUCUUGCUGGUAUAAACAUUAUUCUUGAAUACACUAUUGCGGCACCAGCCCCAAAUUAUAUUACUUCUAAAAACGUGCCCCUUCCUUUAGUCAGAGCUUCUAUGGAUGAUAUCAACCUAAUGUCAUCCUCUGUCUGUGGAGCUCAAAGCCUCCUUUCCAGGUGCGUCACUGCUUUAAAAUGGGCUGGCAUGAGUUUUUGCCCUCGUAAGUCAAGGAGCAUAAUCCUUAUAAAAGGUAGAUCUGUAAACUCCACACCUUUUUCUGUGUCUCACAUCUCGUCACAAACCGACUUCUCUUCAUUCAUUCCGUCAAUCCAUUCAUCGCCAGUUCGUUUUCUCGGUCGCAUUAUUGAUGGUACGAUUUCAGAUGCUAAAGCAAUCGACGAGCUAGAUAAUAAGCUAAUAACCGGUCUUACAAUCAUAAACGGUUCGUGUUUCAAAGGGACCCAAAAACUAUGGAUUUUGCAAAACCUUCUAAUUCCUCGAAUCCAAUGGCCAAUUCUUAUUUAUGAAGUUCCAAUAUCUCGGGUUACAAGGCUGGAGCAGAAGAUAUCAACUUUCAUUAGAAAAUGGCUAUCUCUGCACAAUUCCACGUCAAAUAUUUGCCUAUAUAGCUCCUGCUCGCCUUGUCCAAUGCCAAUUAAGAGCUUGACGUCAUUGCUUACAUGCUCUAAAAUAAGUGGUCAUUUACUUUUACGCGAUUCCAAAGAUCCUCUUGUGUCUAACAGUGCACCUACUUUGAAAGUUGGCAUGUGGAAAGUGGACAACGCAGUAAGAACAGCAGAGGCAGAGGUGAAAAUAAAGUCAGUCGUGGGAACUCCCCAGUAUGGCAAAGCCGGCCUAGGGAUCAACGAAUCUUUCAAAAUUCCGAUUUCAAAACAGUGCUAUGCGUAUCGUAAAUUAAUAUCGAACACAGCUAAAGAUAUCUAUGAGGAAGGCAACAUGGGUAGAGCAUUGCAGUUGGAAGUGCAGGGUCAGUGGACGAGAUGGGAAAAUUACACAAAAAACGAUCUAUCUUGGAAGUCCAUUUUUGCCAUGUCCCCACACUUGCUUUCCUUCUGUCUUGCUUCUACUUACGAUGUUCUUCCCUCACCUAGCAAUUUAAAGCGCUGGAACGUUUGUACUGAAUCUGCUUGUGCCUUAUGUUCCAAACAAGUAUGUACAACAGCGCAUGUUUUAGGCGCUUGCAAGGUUGCUCUAUCACAAGGAAGGUUAACUUUCCGACACGAUGCUGUGCUUCGCGGGCUCCUGUUAAGUCUACAGCGUUUUUCAUCUGAAGUUGUCCCGGAAACGAAAAAGCACCUUAAAGUGUCAUUUGUAAAAGCAGGUAGCUAUUCCUCCGCUAAAAGAUCAAAACCAACUGGUCUAUUCCACCAUGCUAGUGACUGGGUGAUGUUAGCAGAUCUGAAUGAAGGAUUUGUGUUUCCUCGCCAUAUUGCAAUCACAUCCCUCCGGCCAGACAUUGAAAUAUACUCAAAUUGUUCUAAGCGCAUCAUCAUUAUUGAACUUACUUGUCCUUGUGAGGAAAACAUGGGAUCCUGGCAUUCCACCAAGCUUUCCAAAUACUUCCCUUUGGUCGAGGUAAUACGUAGCAACGGGUGGUUUCCGCAUCUUUUUGCAGUAGAAGUGGGUGCUAGGGGCUACUCUUCAAGGUCUCUAACUUGCUGUCUAAAAAGCCUCGGUUUCGCUAGCACAUCUGCGUUUUUAACCGCCCGCGAGCUUGGCGAUAUAAGCAUGAAAGCAUCCUUUUGCAUUUGGAUUGCACGAGACUCACCACAUUGGUCACAAGAUCUUACGCACUGCAGUCCGCCAACAUUGACACGAUCAAAGGAUAGUAUACCUCAUGAAAAAUCCUCGUCUGUUACCAAAUCCAUUAAAAGUCCAUCUUCAGCCAUCUCUGACAUGCCAAAACCCACGGAACACCAUAACCUUAGCCAGGAACUUAAACAAAAGGUGAGCAUCGUUCACGCUGGUUUGAUAAACUAG